AUGACGGAAUUGCAUGAAGCGCUCGCUUGCCUGAGGCCAAAAGAUUUCAGUGACGUCCCAACCGAUAAUCUCAAGGAAUUCUUAUCCGAUAUACUAGCUAAAGCAGAACUGAUUGCAAACUCUGUACCUCCGCCUCCCAAUGGCACGCCUUACGAAUCAUCACAACGGACGCGAACCGAGCAACAACCCGCAACGAGCGCUAAGGAUCUCACCAUUUCCCAAGUACGGCGACCUCCACCAGCUCCGACACAUGAGGAGCUGCAAAAGUCAUGGGGUAAACCUCUCAAGCUGGGGAAUGCCGAUGCCGCUACGGGGAUGAGCGUUUUCAAGAUGGCCGGGAAGGAUAGGCAUGGAGCUUGGUUCUCGAGGGCAAGUGUACACGAAGGCCUAGGCUUCAAUAAAUGGAAGCGUGCCAUGCAGAGCGAGUUUGAAGAGAGCUUGAAGGUCCAAGGCGGUCCGGGCGAGGGCAAUGUGCGAGGUAUUGGAGGAGAUCAGAGACUUGAGGACAUGACUGUAGAUGGCGUAGGACAGCUACAAGUAUACCAACUUUCAGCUCAAUUUCCAGGACCAACCUAUCCGCGCGAGUUCAUUACCCUCCUCAUCACCUCGGAUAGUUGUCUGACCGAGGCGUCAAAAGUCGCUAACACGAUACCCCGACAUUUCAUGGUUGUCUCCAUACCUGUCUCGCACCCAAAUGCGCCGCCACGAAGUAACAUGGUACGGGGUUUCUACGAGUCGGUCGAGAUGAUACGCGAGAUACCAUUGCCAGACGGCGACGCAGAGACUAAUCCAGUCGAAUGGAUCAUGAUUACACGCAGUGACCCUGGAGGUGGCAUACCUCGCUUCAUGGUCGAACGAAAUGUGCCCAGCAGCAUAUGUCAGGACGCAGUCAAGUUUCUUGACUGGGCCUGCGCGAGGAAUGACGAAUUAGAAGUCAAAACCGAUACAGGAAGCCUGCACGAAGUUACGCGCACCAUGUCCGUGGCAGAUACGAAUGGUAUUUCUGCUGGGGUUGGAGUUAGCAUCGCGGAAAACUCCACGUACCCGAGUAACCACUUGGAGUUACAGCGCAGCGAUUCUGCAAGCUCAUCGAGCACCUCCUCAGCAGACUCUUUUGCCUCUGCCGAGCAGUUUACUACUGCGCGUGAAGGCCUUCCAAUCGAUACAUCAAUUCCAACGCCGUCUACAGCAUCUCAACAGUCCUUGCCGAUAGCAGACGAUCACCAUACCAAAGAACUACAGAAGAUUGAAGAAAAGAAGGAUCAGCUGAGAAUUAAGCUGGAACAAGCCCAGGAAAAGCUGGACACCAACUUGCAAACUGAGAGUUCUAAGACGGAGAAAGAAAUACAAAAGGCCAACGAGAAGCAUGAAAAAGAGAAGAGAAAGCAAGAAAACAAGUAUCAAAAAGAGAUACGGAAACUCGAGGAGCGUCGAGAGAAAGAGACUCGUAAACUGCUUGCGCGCCAACAGAAAGAAGCGGCUAAGAACCAACUCAGCAAGAUCCAGCGAGAGCGUAACGAGUACAAACAACGAUUGGAUAUCUUGCAGCAGGAGAACAGACUGCUUAAGCUGCAGAUUGGCGAAUUACAGCACGAGAACACUGCUUUAGUUUCUCGGUUAGGCAAGACCGAGGAGGGUAUCAAGAUCUUGAGGUCAAUCAAAGAACAAGACCAAAAUUCCAGAGUGAGGGCAGACUCUGCGAGUUCAGGGAGAAGUACGAAGAGUGGAAGGAGAAGUAAGAAUUCGAGUGAGUCGUCGAGCACGCUAGUACGAGCGGGGACUACCCGUUUCUAG